UGUUUUGCGCAAGUCAGGAUUCCUCAUUGAGCCCGUAAACGUGCCGUGUGCAGUGUUUUCAACGAAAUAAGUCUGUAAUAAUUUGAGGUCAGUAAAAAUAACAAUACUACAAUAUGCAGGCGGAUAGUCAAUCACUCCCCCAGGAAGACGACGAACUCAGUGGUCUUAUUCGUACACGACAGGACGAAAUACUUGCUGACAUCAAAAAUGAGGAAAAUUGGUGCCAACGAUUUAUCACAGGAAUUUUUUCUAUAGGCAAUGAAGAAGCAAAGGAAUUUGUGAUGUCAUUGUAUGACAAUUCGAUGUUGGAUGAAAUGAGGAAGAUCUAUGAAGUCAUCUUGAAAGGUGAUGCGCGGCAUGAGAAGAACAUGAGGGAUCUAAGAAAGUUGUGCGAGACAGGAUUAGAACAUUUGUCUCUAGAGGAGGCUUUCAUUAAAUUUGGGGGAGACCGAAUGCAAAAUGUCCCAAAAAAUGACCUGGAGGAAAUUGCUUCACAGUUAGUGGACUCACCAGAAAUAAUGUUAUCAAAGGAAACUAAAGAAAAGCUGUUCAGGGCAUGGGAAGAAAGGUUGAACAGACAUCAUCAUCGUCGUCAUCAUCCAUCUACAUCACCUACAAAGUUGCAGUGAUCUUCCUAUUCAAAAUAAGUGAUAUGUAAAUAUUUUGUUUGUUCAUUGUGUACAGUAAUAAAGUAAUAUUUUUUAACAAAAUGAAAA